GGCUCGGCCCCAGCCCUGCCUGGCCCACGGCAGGAGGCAGCUGCCUGCGCGGGUGCCCGCCACGCCUGCACCCUUCUGGCACAGCAGGCAGCGCCCGGCAGCGCCCAGCUCGGUGCCCUCUCCUCUGGACCGUGGCGGGUCAGUACUGCGUUGGUGCUGGGGAGGAGGAAGAGGAGGAGGAGGAAAAGGCUGUUGGAUGCUCACGGUGCUGCCCCUCUUGGGGUGGCCUCGGUGAGGCUGAUGGGGCUGUGCCCGGCCCUAGAGGCUCCUGACCCACUGGUCUGGGAGGGCGCCCCAAAGCGCAGCGGGGGGAUGUUGGGACUCUGUGCGGACACUGCUGCCUUCAAACCCUUCGAGCAGGCCUGCUGAAGGAGUCCCGCACCCAGCCCCGAGGGGACCCGGCGGGCGGGGGCGAGCGGGGUGGCUGCUCUGGCCACCCUGAUGGAGCCGGCGGCAGGCGAGGGGGCAGAACCUGGGCCGAUGCAGGCAGCCCAUGGGGAAGGCUGUGCCAGGCAGUGGGACGAGAGCGAGACCGUGGGGUCGGGGGACCCCGCGGAGCCGCCCCAACACUGUGGAGAGGAGUCUGCUGCUGCCUGGAGAUGCUGGGAGCUGCCACCGACGGAGGAUGCCAGGGAGCCGCUCCUGCCCGGGCAUGAGCAGCCGCCUGCCCACGGUGCCUCCCUGCCUGCGGGGCAGGACCCUCCCGCUACCGACAUCGUCCCCGUCCUGACCCGCUGGGAGAGUCCGUGGCCCAGCUCCGAAAGCGUCUCUAGCUCCAUCCUGAGCCUCCUCGGCGAGGCAGAGAAGGCAUCGAGCGAUGGCGCGGCGGUGGCAGCGGGGCCGUGCCCCGUGCUGGCGGGCAGCGAGGACGAGUGCCCCAUCUGCACGGAGCCUUACGACGAGCAGCGGCACAAGGCGGCCGUGCUGAACUGCAGCCACGGGCUGUGCCGCUCCUGCCUGCGGGCCAUCAUGGACACGGCUACCGGCGCCGAGCUCGGCCGCGUGCGCUGCCCCAUCUGCCGCCAGAAGACGCCUAUGCUGGAGUGGGAGAUCUGCAAGCUGCAAGAGGAGCUGCUCCUGCUGCACGCCCAGCCCGGCUCCCCCGGAGCCCUGGCCACCCCUCGGCCCCCUGCCCUGCCGCCCCGGCGUCCGGGCCUGGCCGGCGCCCUCGAGCAUCGCUUCCAGGUGCGCUUCCACACCAGCCGCAUGUUCGGGUGCCUGCCCUGCGUGCGGUACCCGCCCUGCCUGCUCCGCGCCCUGGCCCGGCUGGAGCGGCGCUGCCGCUGCUGCUACCUCCUGCUGCUGGCGCUGCUGCUGGCGGCAGAGAUGCUCAGCCUGCUCCUCAUCUUCCUCCCCAUCCUCCUCAUGGUGAUGCUCUUCCUCAUCCUUGACAAAUAGCGCUGGCUUUGUACGCUCCGGCUGAGCGUGCGUGGGGAAGGAGCCCGGCUCCGGCUCUGCCCGCGGCCGUGGUGCCAGCGGGGAGCAGGCCUGUGACCCUGGUGCCUGGCACACCUGGCACUGCCCGUGAGCCCAGAGCAGAUGAGGCAGCGAAGGAGCAGGAGCAGGCAGCAGAGGGAGGCGACCCUGGAGCUGGGCAUUACCUGCGCCGUGGCAUCGGUGACACAUCGCUGCCGCAGCCCGGGGGCGGAUGGAGUGGGAGCCCUUUCUGCGCUGGGGCACAUCCCUGCCUGGGGGCUGGGCACCAGAUAGGCUCUGCUGGCAGAGCAGGGCUGUGCCACGGGCUGUGCCAUGGGCUGUGCCACGGGCUGUGGCACCUGAACCCAGGACAAACGGUCUGGGAUCCCCCAGCAUGAACUGAAAAUACAACCUGUGUUUGUACCACAGCCGUGGUACAGCUGAGUUCAGUGCUCAGUCUCAGCAUGUUCCCUUGGGGCCCGGCAGUGCCACAAGGAGGGAAUGGGCACCGCUGGUGCACCCACCUACAAGGGAUGCGUGCUCCGCCAUGGCACCUCCCAGCCCCUGGUGAGCCGUGCCAGCCCGUUCUCAGACUGUGCCCUUCGGGGAGAUAAGUGAGCAAACAUGGCUCACUCAGUGCCAUACACGGGUGGAGGAGCCUGUGGUGAGUGGCACUGGGGCUGUGCCCACAUGGGACCUGCCAUGGAGCAGGAGUGUCCCAGGGCUGAGCAGGAUCUGGGCUCUGCCUUUUGCUGCCAGCCUCAUGUGGGGCCACACGCCAGCCAGGUGAUGUCUGGGUCACAGUGUGGCUGCUCUGCACCUUGCUCCUCCUCAGGGGGACAGGGAUGGGCAUCUUCCCAGGCUUUCAGCCACCUUUGGGCUGGUGGUGGGUGGAAGGGAGCUGUCAGACCCUCAAAAUCCUCCCAGGAUUCCAUUUCAGGGGUGUUGAUACCCACCCCCAUAGGCUGGAAUGUGCAGCAGUCUGUUUGUCACUGCAGGCCUCCUCUGGGUGUCCUGCCAAGGCUUUGUGCUGACCCCGUGCCAAUUCCCCCCUUCCUGUGCUGUCCCCCUUCUCUGUCCCCCUCAACCCAGCCCUGCUGGGGGGCUGGUGACACUGCUGUGCCCUGUCCUCCUGCCUGGCUAUGCUGGGCUUGUGCAACCAUCCCCAUGUCCUGGUUUUGACCUUCUCCCCUGGAAACACCCCAAGGGCACCUCCCCAGGGCUGUGGCUGUGGGAGACAGAGUGCCAACCCCCCCCUUCCCCUUCCCCUUCCCCUUCCCCUUCCCCUUCCCCUUCCCCUUCCCCUUCCCCUUCCCCUUCCCCUUCCCCUUCCCCUUCCUCCUGCCCAGAAGCUGGGGGGUUGAGCAGCCAGCGAGCACUGCUGUGCCCACACAGCCCCACGUAGAACCCCUGUCCUUGUGCCCAGGAGGGCAGAGAUUGGGGCUAUGGGCUUUGCCAGGACGUUGGUGCCACUCAGCAUCAGCGCUGCCAUGGGCUGCUCUGGCAAAGUGCUGAGGCACAGGGUAGGAGCGGGGCACCCCAAAACAGGUCAGGUCAGCAGGCAGAAGCAGGUGGGUACCCCCAGUCCUGGCGGCACCAAGGAAUAUUUAUACCAAGUGGAGCAGCUCCAUCAGGAGAAGUGCCAGUUCAGCCCUGGCUGGGGCAUUUUUGGCUCCGUGGAGCCUGUAGGGAGGGGGAGCUCAGACACCCGGGAGGCCCUGUCACCAUCUGGGAGCCUCGUGCCCCUGCCCUACAUUGCGUGGGGGUGUUGGGGUGAACCAGGCCAGACCUGUCCCCAUGGGACACCCCCAGCAUUCCUGCGCCCCCUGAGCCAGCUCUUCAGCUUUCAGCACUCAGUUUUCACCUCUGAGUGCUGAAAGCUGAAGAGCACCUCCAUCCCCCCGAGAAGGGGGUCCCUGGGGGCUGGGAUGGACCCUGGGGGCCAUGUGGAGCCUGGCUGCAGUAUCCACUCCCAGAGCUGGGUUAUAUUUAGCAACCUGAGAAUGGUGAGCAGAGUUGGGGGCUGACAGGGCUGACCCAGGGCUGUGCAGGGCUCCUGCUAUAGGCACAGCUUCCAGCGCAGCCCCCCAAACCCACGCAACCUUCCCACUUGCAGCCCUGUCCCCUCUCCCAAGCCCCUGACACCCCAUCGCACCACCCCAAAUGCUUCAUCGCAUCUACCUGCUGGCACCAGGUGAUGGGGUGCCCCCACACCAGUGACUUGGCUGUCCCCAUCCCUGCAGGAACCUGCCCAUUCUCUCCUGGCUUCUCCCACUGCAGCCCGGCAUGUUUCCCACCUGGGUCCUGCUCUGGCCAGAGGCAUCCCCGUCCCAGCUGCACCACAACCAGCAGCCCCUUCCCUCCACUCAGCCCCCGCUCUGGGGACAUAUCCUCCUCCCGUGUCCCUUGGGAGCGUGACCAGAGGGCCAGCAGCCACGGGGCCAGCACGGGCAGGGGACACGGAGCUGGGCAGUGAGCAGGAGCCGGUGCCUGCGGCCAGCCCUCUCUUGGAUUUGACCCCAAGGAAGCUCCCGAGCUCAGCAGUCCCUCCGCAGCCGCGGGGCCAGCCCUGCCCUGGGGACGUGUCACAGCCGCCCCCCAUCAUCCUGUCACCGCAGGAUGAGCCCUCGCGAAAGCGGCGCUGGCGCUCGGCGAGGAGCGGCCGUUCGCAGCUGUGCCCGCCCCGGGCACGUUUGAGGCUAUGUGUCCCCACGGAGGGCACAACCCUGGGGCUCAGCCACGUCCCUGCAGACGGGAGGUGAGCUCCCCACUGCCCAGCACAGCCUCGCCUCACCUGUUUGCCUCCAGGGGGAGCUACUCCUGCUGUGCCACCUCUGGGGACCGGCCGGGCACUUCACAGCGCUGCCACCGUCCCUGCAGGAGCGGAGCAGCCCCACGCAACGAUAGGCUGGGCUGCAGGAGCUGCUUCUCACAGAAUCACAGAAUGCUCUGGGCUAGAAAGAACCCAUCAGGAUCAUCCAGUCCAACUCCUGGCCGCGCACAGACAACCCAACAAUCCCACCCCGUGCCUGAGAACACUGUCCAAAUGCUUCUUAACUCUGGCAAACAGAGUUAAGAAGCAUUGUCCAAAUGCUUCUUUGACUGGCAAGCACCACGCCCCAAACCCAUGCCAAAGGCUGAGCCCAAACCAGGCUGAGCCCAAGCCAGCCCGAUCCUGGCCUUUCCCACCUAAAAUGAGGACAUUUGAGAAAAGGAUCUCCCACAGGAGCAAUUUAACUCCCUGCAUCCCCUCUCCUACCAUGAGCCAAACUGGACACUGGGAGAGCCCAGAGUUUCAUCUCAGCCUGGGACAGAUUACAACAAUGAGGAGAUUUUUGAACCAGCUCACCUGGGAAUAUCUGGGAACAUCUCUGCUCUCAUGUGGCCAAACCUUCUCCUGCAGCAAUGUCCUGGCCAUGCUUAAUCAGCUUGUAGGACUUAGAGAUCUUUAAAAACUUAGCAUGGAGGCACAAAGCUCAGAAUGGCCAUGGAUGUGAAAGACUUUUAAUUCACCUCCAUCUGUGACACAAGGGCUGGCACCACCCCAUGUCCCUGUCCUCUGCAGCAAAUCUGGCCCUUCUUCCAGCAAGUGCUUAUUCGAGGUUAAUAGGGCAGGAGAAAUGGGUUCUCGCCCAGUACCUGCUCCUGAAAGGCCCUAUUUCUUCCUUAAUUGCAACUCAAAAUCAAAUUAGCAGUUUUAAAUUUACUCUGUGCCCAAGAGGUGCCACGAAGUUAGGGGAGAACACGUUGUACCCUUUGUCCUUAUGUAAUAAAAAGGGUAAAUUCCUCCUGAGGGCAAAA